AUGGCGGAAUAUGAAGCAUGUAUCCUUGAGAUUAAAAUGGUAGUUGACAUGAACAUCAAGGAAUGUUUGGUCAUGGGAGAUUCUGAUUUGCUGAUACACCAACUUCAGGGCAAAUGGACCACAAAGAAUGUUAAGAACCUUCCAUGCUUGCACUGCGUAAAAGAGUUGCAUAAGAAGUUCAUCAAGAUUGAGUUCAAACAUGUUCCCAGAAUCCAGAAUGAGUUCGCCGACACUCUUGCAACCUUGUCAUCUAUGAUCCAGCAUUCAAACAAGAAUUACAUUGACCCCAUCAAGAUAGAGGUUCGAGAUCAGCAUGCAUACUAUUUCCAUGUAGAUGAAAAGCUAGAUGUUCUGGUGCAACCGCACCUACGGAGCCGUAGAAGCGGCCAAGGGUUCGCAGAAGCGGCUCUGAGCGGAGUUGGGAUGUUGCGCAAGUACGAGGAAGAUUCCGCACCUACAAGCUCGUAG